CCCCGCAGCCAUGUCGGCGGCGCGCAGACGCCCGGCGGCCGGGACCGAGGGGGGAGCCCCCGCGGGAGCCCCCGCGCCCGGCGAUGCGGAGCGGGGCAUGGCGGCGCCGGGCCUCACGCUCUGCCUCAAGCUGCUGGCGGCGGCCUUCUACGGGCUCAGCUCCUUCCUCAUCGUCGUCGUCAACAAGAGCGUCCUCACCACCUACGGGUUCCCCUCCUCGCUGUGCGUGGGGCUGGGCCAGAUGCUGGCGACAGUGGCCGUGCUCUGGGCGGGAAAGGCGCUGCGGGUGGUCAAGUUCCCCGACCUCGACAGGCACGUCCCCCGGCGGACGUUUCCUCUACCUCUCCUGUAUUUCGGGAACCAGAUCACAGGACUGUUCAGCACAAAGAAACUGAACCUGCCCAUGUUCACCGUCCUGCGGAGGUUUUCCAUCCUGUUCACGAUGUUUGCUGAAGGAUUCCUACUCAAGAAGAAGUUUUCUUGGAGCGUUCAGAUGACGGUGUUUGCUAUGAUCAUCGGGGCAUUCGUAGCUGCUAGUGCUGACUUGGCAUUCGAUCUGGAAGGAUAUAUUUUUAUCCUUAUUAAUGAUGCCUUAACAGCUGCAAACGGUGCCUAUGUGAAACAGAAGCUGGAUUCAAAGGAGCUGGGAAAAUACGGUCUGCUCUAUUACAAUGCACUGUUCAUGAUCUUUCCCACCUUGACCAUCGCCUACUUCACCGGAGAUGCGCAAAAGGCGAUGGAGUACCAGGGCUGGGCAGACACGUUCUUUGUCGUGCAGUUUACGCUGUCGUGUGUAAUGGGGUUUAUUUUGAUGUACUCCACGGUUCUUUGCACUCAGUAUAAUUCUGCUCUUACAACUACAAUAGUUGGCUGCAUUAAGAAUAUUUUAAUAACCUAUAUUGGGAUGUUUUUUGGAGGAGACUAUAUUUUUACAUGGACAAACUUCAUUGGUCUAAAUAUCAGUAUUGCUGGAAGCCUGGUGUAUUCCUACAUCACUUUCACAGAGGAGCAAAUGAGCAAGGAGUCUGAAGCUGGCAUCAAGAUGGAUAUUAAAGGAAAAAGCUCUGUGUGACCGGGAGAGGAGUUAUUUGGAAGCAAAUAUCAUCUAUCAGGGGCAGAAUGCCAGGGAAGGAAUCAGGGGCCUCUACCAUGGAGUAACGGUGAUGCUCUUAAUUUGCACAAUCUCGAUUGCUGCCUUUACAACUUAUUUGGAAGAUAACUGACCGCACGGUGAAGAAUACAUCAAAUUAAGUCUGAUCACGAGGAAUUAAUGAGUUUCUAAUCACGCUGAGAUUUGGCAGUAGAGACCAGCUCAAGCAGCCUACACGUUUGAGUGGCGGAGGACUGUGUCGGCUCCAAGGGCCAUACCCCAAGCAUCCCCGGCUGCGUCUUGUCUCGCUGCAGCCACCAGCUGGGGACAGGUGCUGGGGCUGGCUCUGCUCCAUCCCUCCUCCGGCCCGGUAGCACAUGCUGCCGCUGCUCUGGGAAGGUGAGACGGUGGUACCCGGCAGGGACCUGGCCCCGAGAGCCCCAGGGGAGAGGGCCCGAGAGCACUGGCAGUUCCCCAGCAAAGCUGCUGCUGCAGGAUGCUCCUGGUUUGGGCCAAAACCUCUUUGCUGAAUGUGCUCUCUGAACUUGUGUUAUUGGUUGGUUUUUAUUGUUUUGUUCUGUUAACCCACUUUCAAAGCUGGGUUUCCCCUCCUUAAUUUUUCCUAAGGGCCCUGCAACCAUCCGCCCAGCUCUUUCCUACCCUAGGUUGCUUUUACAAGGCUCAGGGCUGUUCCCACCAUGAAGGUUUUACCUGGCACGUGUAGGCUCUGCCGCACUGGGGCCGGGAGUCUUGGGCAUGGGGAAAGCUGCUGCCCGUGCUGGGGCUGGUCCCGCUGCAGGGCACUUCCAGGGGGAAGCAGCUGCAGGGUGUGCCAGAGACCCGAUGUCCCACCUGGCACGCCGAGCCUCCUCCCUGUCUAGAAAAUAUCUGCAAAGUGAUUUACCCCAGCACAGUGCACGCACCGGGAAGAGCUGCAGGGGCCAGAGCUGGGCCGUUCUGGGUGGCUGUGAGCGCACCUUGUACCCACGCUGCAGCACCAGCACUUCAGCUUUGGCCAAGCCCUGUAUCGCAGUUCAUCCUUUUUUUUUUUUUUUUUUUGUAGUUUUGUUUUGUGACCCGUUAAAAGAACGGGACUUCUAAUACGUCAGGCAGUGUUAACUGAUCUUUUUUAAAGGUUGUCUUACACAGCACUUCUUUCUGGGUCUGUCUUUGGACUGUCUUAAAGAAGAACUGUUUGUAACUUUGGUUAAAAAAUACUGGUAAAACUAUGAGUUUAUCCAUAUAUCUUGUUUUGGUAACCAGGAAAAUAGCUUCUCUAGACACUGUAUUGUUUCUGGGAGAUACCUGCUAAAAAUGUAACUGCUGUUUGGCAAAGCAGCGGUUGUUUUUUUUUAAGUACUCACUGGAGGUUGAGGUUUUAGUGGUGAGUGUUCCCGUAUGACAGUUUCUGUAAUGGUGCUGCAAAAGCCUGUGUGCCGGUAAGGAUGCGGUGCGAGGCUGCGGGCCCCUGUGCUGCCGCCUGCUCCAAACUCCCACUCCUGGAGUCGUGCUGGAGCCGAUGUCUCUGUAUCAGAGCUGGGGUCUUCCCUCAGGGGGGCUCCCCUUUGGGGGCAGCCAGCUGCUGGGCUGGUGUGGGGGGGACUGGGGUGGGUACCGCACCUCCAAGGCACCCGGCAGUGCUGAGGAGCAGCCCUGCAGUGGGGCUCCCCCUGCCUCAUGCAGAAUUGGCGAAAGAAAAAAAAAAAAUUAAAAUUCCCCGAUCAUUUGUAUUGCUGCCUAAAUUUCAGUAAAGUCUCGCAUUGGCAGGCAGAGCUCUCCCCCCCGCAAGGCUACAUGGGGAAUGAUUCCUGCUGUGCAGCAGCCCCAGAGUGACUCCCACAGCUCCAGGCCGGGUAACUGGUCCCUGCACUGGAUCCCAGCUACCCUGACUCCCCCAGUCCCGCCUGACUCCCCCAGUCCCACCUCACAGGUCCUUCAGCCAGGCCUGGGCGUUCGUCUCGCGUGAACAAAAACAUUUGCAAAUCGCUUCUUGCCACAUUUGCUUGUAACUGUGCUGUGUUGAGACAUUUGCGGUCAGGGUGUCGAUUCUGUCAAAAGUGUUUAUUUUUUUUUAUAUUUGAAUCUACUGGUUAGAUUUGUUGUUCAAAUGGUAAAAUAUUUUUAAAACUUAUUUUGUUUGUAACUGGGCGCACUUUGGUGCUGGGGUCUGGAUGGCAUUGUAUAGACUGGGAGAGCGAACAGAGUUCCUACAACAGUAUUUUCUAUGCUAUUAAUUGACUAAAAUUUUUUCUAUAUAGAAUCUAUUUACAAAAUGACCAUUUUAGUGAUUAAAGAGGUGACCUUUUUAUUUGAAUGUAUGGCAGGCUUUAUAUGUCAGUCAGUAUUGAUAGCAAAAAGGAUUUUAUGUGCCUAUGUAUUUUUGCACUGGCUUCAAAUAAACCAAUGACCUUCCCUCCU